AUGCCUCCCAUACUUGAUUGUCCUGAUCUUAUUGUUGAACCCAAACCAUUUCACAGUUUAGGUCCAAAUGAUGAUAUGUUUGUUCGUCAAACAUAUGACAACAAACAACAACUAAUUUUUGCUUUGAGUCUUAAAGCAACAAGAGAAAAGUUUCAGUUUAAGACUAAACAUUCUAACAAAAAUCGUUAUGAGGUAUAUUGUGAAAUUGAGAACUGUAGUUGGCGUUUGUAUGCAAAACGCCUUGAUCCCACUGAUGAAUUUGAAAUCAGGACUUUCAACAACGUGCACACAUGUUCGUCAUUACAGAUACACCCUAAUCAUAAGCAUGCUAAUAAAAAAGUCAUGGGUACUAUAUUGCAUGAGAUUAUGGGAAAAACUCGUUCCAAGGUUUGGAGGCCUAAUGAAAUAUCAAGGGAUUUGAAUGCUUUGCUGGAAAUCAACGUAGAUUACAAACAAGCUUGGCGUGCAAAACAAUAUGCUAUGGAACUGUUGUUGGGAUCCUCUGAAGAAUGUUUUGCCAAACUUCCUAUUUAUUUUCACAAUAGGAAGAGGCAUAAUCCCGGUACAGUUGCGUAUAUUCAAACAGAUUCUGAAGAUUGUUUCGAGUGUUGUUUUUAUGCCAUUGGGAGCACGACACGAGCGUUCAAAAGAUUUUGUCGUAAAGUUAUAAUUAUGGAUGGUGCUCAUUUGAAGGGUGCUUUUAAGGGAACCAUAUUGCAUGCAGUAGCUAUGGAUGGGAACAACCAGAUACUGCCCCUUGUGCACGGAAUAUGCAAAAAAGAGAGUGGUCUUACGUGGACAUGGUUUCUUGAAAAGUUGUAUGAAUGUCUUGGUGAUUGUCAAGAAUUGACUUUUGUAACUGAUAGGGCCGAUGCAAUUCGCGUUAGUAUUGAAAAUGUUUUUCCAUAUGCUCAUCAUGGCUUGUGUGCUUUUCAUAUACUAGGAAACAUAGUACACAAGUUUGGGAAAAUUUAUAAAACAAAAGUGUUGUUUUGGAGGCUUGUGAAAGCUUACAAAAGAAAUGUUUUUGAAGAAUUGUGGUAUAGAUUUAGUUCUACUAGGCCGCAAGUAGCAGCAUAA